AUGAGAAGGAAGUCGAAUCUUGGGGGAAAAAAGCGAUGGGGAAAUGCAAAGCAAUGGCUAACAUCCCGGCGGGAGGCAGUCCAGAAGGCAGUAAAAUCCGGUGAAAACACAAAAGCCAUUGUGGAGAGGAGUGUCAUUUCCAGAAUGGCCAAGAGGAUGUGGACAUCAAACCACGAAAAGGAGAAGCGGCUUAACCAGAAGAAGGAAUUUUCCAGACGUCUUGAUGCGUUCAAGCAGGGCCUCAUUUUCAAGGACCGAAAGCGACUGAGGGAAGAAGUUUCUAUUCUACAUGUGGAAUUUACAAAGGCGUGAAGAAGCUGUGGAAGGCUC